AAUUAAUUUGCUAAAUCCAAUUAUUACCGCUGAACUCUCUUCGAGAAGGAAAGCCAUCAUCAGCAAGGAAUAAAAGCUCCAUUUCCUGUUUCGUCCUCGCGCUGUGGCGGUAACGGCCUCCCACGGUGGCGCUCCCGCCGGUUCCGGCUACGGCUAGGGGCUCCGAUCUCUUCAGAUCUCCCAACGACAAUCUAAUCUUCUCCUGAGCUCAGGCGGCGAACAGCGAUGGCGUACAGGAGAAGGCAGGGAAUCGCGAGGUCGUCGACCUUCAAGGAGGAGAUCCACUACCCGCCUCACGAAGAUUGCUUCACCUCCUCCAAUCAUUCGUCGUCCUCGUCCUCUUCCUCCCUCGCAGCUCAGGCGAUCAGAGCCUCCGCCGCGCACCGCGAGUCGUCGCUCUCGUCCGCGUACGGAGACUCUGCUGUUGGCUACAGAAACAGGGACAGUGACGCCCUUAGAUCUAAGAGCUUUGCUGCAUAUGGGGGGGAUUCGUCAGUUGAUAGUGACUCCAAAUCUGGCUUUUGGGGUGUUCUGGCUCGGAAAGCUAAGGCAAUUCUUGAGGAUGAAAAUGCAUCUCAACAGUUUGAAAACCCUACUGGAAUGAAGCCGCAGAUGUAUGAUAGCCCUCAAGAUGGGCAACAACCUUAUCCAUUAUCAGAGAGCUUGCGUAGAGUGGAUAAUCCUUCAAUCAGGAAGCGCUUGGACCAGAUCACUUCUUCCCUGAAUCAGAUUGGAGAUACCUUUGAGAAAGCUUUUGAGGAAGGUCGUACAAUUGUGGAGAGUAAGACUCAAGACAUAAUCCACGAAACACGCAAAUUGCAAAGCAGAAGAAAAGGGACUCCAGAGACUCCAAAUGACAGUCCUGGUGCGAAUAGCCCAUGGCACCCUCUACAACCACAGAACCAAACCAACCAUGAAAAUCAACUGAAGGCAUCUCGCGACGUUGCAAUGGCUACAGCUGCCAAAGCCAAACUACUUCUACGUGAACUGAAAACAGUUAAGGCAGACUUGGCUUUUGCUAAGUUGCGAUGCUCUCAACUCGAAGAGGAGAAUAAAGUCCUUAGAGAAGGCAAGGAGAAGGGAGGCAAUGCAGCUGAUGAUGACUUGAUACGCCUUCAACUUGAGACACUUCUUGCUGAGAAGGCUCGACUGGCUCAUGAGAACGAAACUUAUGCCCGUGAGAACCGCUUCCUAAGGGAAAUCGUCGAGUACCAUCAGCUCACAAUGCAGGAUGUGGUGUACCUGGACGAGGGCAUCGAAGAGGUGACAGAAGUCUAUCCCAUCCCUUCGGUCUCAAGCAUUUUCUCCAUGUCGCCUUCUUCCCCAAAAUCCCCACCCUCACCCGUCAUGCUUCCCGUUUCUGCAAGUGGGUCCCUUAAGUCGGAGACGUUAAGCAUCCUACAGGAAGAUGAAGAGGAAGCCAAAAGAGAGGAGUCCCUGGAGAAUUCGGUUUCUUCAGUUAAGAAGGAAGAAGAUCAGAGAGGGCACUUGGGAUCUUCUGCCAAGGUCUGAGCCUCCUCCUCUCCUCAUUGCAGUCAAUACAUUUGUUCGGCAUCGGUUCUUUAGUUGUUCAUUUAUUUUUCUUUUCGUUUGCCUUUUUCUUCUUUUUCUCUCAUUCUUUUUUUUGGUUCCUGAAGAGGAAAAGGGGACAUGGGUUUGGUUUUUGACGACAUGUUUGACUGAAUUGCUAUUCUUUGGUGUAUGUAUGCGAGCCGUGUUCUCGGGUUAUUCGGUGCUUCCAAUAAGUUUUUCCAGUUGUAUUUAUUUGUAACGUGGCUUAUCUCAAGUUACGAUUAUUAUAAUCUGACUUUGAAUGAAAGUAUAUAGUAAACAAGUCUUAUGAGUUUUGUCCUUGUA